AUGACCAGAACCCCCAAUCAGCCAGUGCCAGAGUGUCUGUAUCUCUGCAGCCAGUGCCAGAGUGUCUGUAUCCCCGCAGCCAGUUCCAGGGUAUCUGUAUCUCUUCAACAGUGCCAGAGUGUCUGUAUCCCUGCAGCCAGCCAGUGCCAGGAGCCUCUGUCAGAGCCUGUGCUGAAUGUUACCUGCAAUAAGAAGGAUGGCAGCGCAGUGAUUGUUUGUAGUGUGAAGAAGGGGACGGAUCCUAAGUUCUCCUUGGUUUGGAAUGGUCUCUCAAAUAACAGCAGUGUAAUAUUUAUUCAUGCACCGGUCAAUGGAAAUGUCACCUGCACUGGGCAAAACCAGCUUGGUACAAAACACACCCAGAUGUCGGCAUUUUGUCCAGAGCCUCUGUCAGAGCCUGUGCUGAAUGUUACCUGCAAUAAGAAGGAUGGCAGCGCAGUGAUUGUUUGUAGUGUGAAGAAGGGGACGGAUCCUAAGUUCUCCUUGGUUUGGAAUGGUCUCUCAAAUAACAGCAGUGUAAUAUUUAUUCAUGCACCGGUCAAUGGAAAUGUCACCUGCACUGGGCAAAACCAGCUUGGUACAAAACACACCCAGAUGUCGGCAUUUUGUCCAGGUUAUCAGGAGAGCAACCGAUUGACAAUUCAUCACUUGUUCUUAGGUGUAAUCUGUGUGAUGUACACAGUGCUGCUGGUCUGUAUGGUCAGGAACCUGCUGAGGGGGACAAUCAUUCUUAAGCAAGGGUGAAGCCGUUAUGGAUCAUUGUGGGGACAAGGUAUUCCUUGGGAUUCUGCAGGAAAAUCAAAUACAGAUCGAAAAGCUUGUGAUCCUAUUUUAUAAAGAAUUUAUUUCUAAACAGUUUUUUUAAUAUAUGAAGCAUUUAUUGUGAGCACAAACUGUUUGCAAUGCAACACUCAACUGCUGAUAAAUACAUUUCUAAAGCAUUUAGAGCCAGAUUACAAGUGGAGUAGUAUUUAACGCUCACGCCAGAUGUGCAGAAUAUGAGAGAUGGUAGUCACAUACAAGGAGUGACUUAUACUUGCCAGAAAUUCCUGUAGUUCAUUCAGUGUUGCUGUUGGCCUCUUAGUAGCCUCCCUUAUAAAUGUUAUCCUCCUUUUCUCAUCAACUAUGGACGGUUGUCCUGAUCUGUGCAAUGUCUCUGUGGUUCCACAUUUUCUCCACAUAUUGAUGAUGGUUUUGACAGUGCUCUGUGGUACAUCCAGUGCCUUCAUUAUUCUUUUAUAGCCCUCUCCAACAAUUCAUCCAUCUUUUGUCCAGACCUUGUGGCCUUACACUAUAAUUAAGCACUUAAAUUAACAUUUGACAAAGCUGCACCCUCCUAUGUUUGCAAUGCAUCAUGCACUCAACGACAACCAUGGUACACCCACCCUUCUAUGUUUGCAAUGCAUCAUGCACUCAACGACAACCAUGGUACACCCACUGUAAUGUAUAUAUCAUAAUGGUUUGUUCCAGUUGUUGCUGUUAAUAUUUGCUGCAGUUCAUAUAUUCUAACACUAGGGACAAGCAUGAGGUAUAACAGUGAAAUGGGUGUGUUAUCUUCAGUUAAUAAAAAGUUCCUGAAGUUGAACAA